CCGUUAAACACCACGCUACUGUUAUCCAUCGUUUCCACGUGAGAGCAGAACCAUACAUUCGAGAUUGUGCGGUGUACAUACAAAUUCCUGUCUAGGUUUUUCCUCUCAAUCAGAAUCGGAUUUGUUUUCAGAUUUUUACAACCAUGUCUUCUUUUCGAAAAGCCUUGAAAUCUAAACAACGAGACCACAAAGAGCGAUCACAGCUCGGUUUCAGGAAACAUUUGGGUCUGUUAGAGAAGAAGAAGGACUACAAACUUCGUGCCGAUGACUACCACCGGAAACAGAAGACGCUCAUGGCCUUGCGCAAGAAGGCCAUGGAUAAGAACCCUGAUGAAUUUCACUUUAAAAUGAUACACAACCAAUUAAAGGAUGGUGUUCACGUGAUCAAACCAAAAGAAGACGUGAUAACGGAAGAGCAGAAGAAGAUGAUGAGGACCCAGGACAUCAGAUAUGUGGAAAUGAAGAGGGUGUCGGAGAUGAAGAAAAUUGAAAGGAUGAAGUCAGAGCUCCAUUUUCUUGAUGUUAACGAGGAAAAGAAAAACAAACAUGUCUUUUUUGUGGACUCAAAAAAAGAAGUGGAGGACUUUGACCUGGCCAAACACCUCAACACGGUGCCUGAUUUGGUGGGCCGAGUAUAUAACAGACCUACAAUAGAGACCCUGAAAAACAAGAGCAUUCUGGGAGCAGUGGAGUCAAAGACGUUAAAAAAACUUUCCAAAGAGAGGAAACAACAGUAUCUGAGGCUUUCAGAGCGUAUAGACAGGGAACAGAAGAUGUUUGUCAUUAGUCAGAAAAUCCAAACUAGAAAAGAUCUACAAGAUAAGGUUAAGAAAGUGAAAGUCCGUAAUGAGUCCAGCACUGCUCCUGCCAUCUAUAGAUUUGAGGCCAAGAGGAAAAGAUGAUGUCUUUGGAUCAGCACACCGAGAAAAUGCUCUGUCUUGUGGUCCCCAAUCAGCUGUACUAUGCAUGAAGUGGACUGAAUCUUUCACUUGGAUUUUUCACUGUGGAUUUUUCUUUUGUUCUGUAAUGCAGCCAGAGAAACCAUGCUGGGCAUCUUGCACACUAUAAGGCAAGGAGUUUGUACAUAUUAAUGGCAAAUCAUUUUUUGGCUUUGAAAUAAAGUUUUGUCUUUAA